AUGCCGGAGAUCAGAAAUUGCAGGAUCCAGUCAGAAGGUAUCAUCCUCCUCAUUACUUCUCUCAUGAACGCAUUUCUCAAUGCGCAUUCUUCACCAACAAAAAGUUCACACUUCCAUCGCCUUUUGCUAUACUAUCUCGUCAAAACCAAACUUUUAGAGAAAACGAUCUAUGAUUUGAUCCUGCCGGGUGGACAAUACGACGAUGGUACGUUAUUUCAGCAUCAAGAAGAAUUAUUUGGUGUUCUGUAUCAGCAUAAUGUUUCAUCUCUUGUCUGUCGGAUUGGUCUACAAUUCCUCGACAUCGUUAUGUAA